UCCUUUUCUUGGUGUCUUUCGGUUCUUUAAAUUUCAAUUGACAACCCAAGGAAUCAAGAUUCAGAUUAGGUUAGUAGUAAUUAWAUAAUUGGAAACCUUUCUUAAAUAAGUGAAAAUAUGUUGCCUUUUUAGUGUUAAUGUUAAUGGCCUACAAUGAUUCUUGAUCACAUGAGUGAAGAUCAAGUCAGGGAUAAGGAAUAAAAAAUGAUAAGUUCUACUUGAUCGAGAGCAGAUUUGUGUACACAACAGAUUUCUCUUGGGUGGUUUUAAUUAUGAACCUAGAAGAGCACUCAUGCUCUGCAAUGAAUUUGUUAYUUUUUGCAAAGAAAUUGAAUUUAUAUGCUAAUAGAUGUGGURUGUUUGGCAUUCAAAUGCCAGUUUGCUUACUUGGAAGUUGGAACUUAGGUAGGAAUACUUKAAUCAACUUUCCUGAAAAAUAAUCAUGGCACUCUACAUUUUUCUUGUAAUACUGAACUCUAAGCUCYUGGUUUUUCUUACUUAAACUUUUAGGUUUUGGAAAUUGUAAUACGGAGAAGAUGGACUUCAGACGGCAGGUAUUUACGGUAGAUCUUUUAGAGAGAUAUGCAGCAAAAGGUCAUGGAGUUAUUACUUGCAUGGCAUCCGGAAAUGAUGUCAUUGUUUUAGGAACUAGUACUGGAUGGCUAAUCAGGCAUGACUUUGGUGGUGGUGACUCAUAUGAUAUUGAUCUCUCUACUGGUCGGCCUGGGGACCAAUCCAUCCACAGAGUUUUUGUUGAUCCUGGUGGGAGUCAUUGUAUUGCGACCGUUGUUGGUACUGGAGUUUCUGAUACAUAUUAUAUGCAUGCAAAAUGGUCAAAGCCCAGGGUGUUGGCCAAACUGAAAGGCCUUGUGGUGAAUACUGUUGCCUGGAAUAGACAACAGAUAACAGAAGCUUCAACACGAGAAGUUAUUCUUGGUACAGAGAAUGGCCAACUGCAUGAAAUUGCUGUUGAUGAGAAAGAUAAAAGGGAGAAAUACAUAAAGUUUCUAUUUGAACUAUCUGAAUUGCCAGAAGCUUUUGAGGGGUUACAGAUGGAAACAGCUAGCUUGAACAAUGGAACUAGAUACUAUGUGAUGGCAGUAACUCCGACAAGGCUUUAUUCUUUUACUGGCAUCGGAUUGCUGGAGACUGUCUUUGCUAGUUACGUCGAACGAGCGGUGCAUUUUAUGGAGCUUCCUGGAGAAAUACCAAAUAGUGAGCUGCACUUUUUCAUCAAACAAAGAAGAGCAGUGCAUUUUGCUUGGCUUUCUGGAGCUGGUAUCUAUCAUGGUGGUUUGAAUUUUGGAGCACAGAACAGGUGAGGAAUGAAAUUAUGUAGAUUGCCUUUAAAUAGAACAUACUCUUAUUCUCUUGUAUAGGGMUGUAAGCAAGCCGGGCUUCUUCGYAACCUCAACUCUAACCAUGAAAGUAUACAAAUCAGUCUCAGUUUAUAUCUCCUUUCCACACAGCAAAUAAAUCGGGAUCUGGUAUACACCUACCUCACAAUACUUAAUGAGAACCCAAUCUGCUUAUGUAAAUGGUAAUAUGAGUGAAAAUUG